AGCAGCAGACCGCGCCGAAAUGCCGUCUCAGAUGGAACACGCCAUGGAGACCAUGAUGUUCACCUUUCACAAGUUUGCUGGCGAUAAAGGCUACUUGACGAAGGAGGACCUGCGGGUGCUCAUGGAAAAGGAGUUCCCGGGGUUUCUGGAAAAUCAAAAAGACCCUCUGGCCGUGGACAAAAUAAUGAAGGACCUGGACCAGUGCCGAGACGGCAGAGUGGGCUUCCAGAGCUUCUUCUCACUCAUCGCCGGCCUGACCAUCGCGUGCAACGACUAUUUUGUAGUGCACAUGAAGCAGAAAGGGAAGAAGUAAGCAGCGCGGAGCAGCACCUCCCGCCCUGAGGGGAGUUCGCCCAGCCAGCCGCUGGGGCAUCUCUGCCCCUUAGCUUCCCCGCGUAAGGGUUCCAUGAGCAGACUGGGACCCUUAGAAAAUGUACAAAUGAAAUCCUACCCCCAUUUUGACGAGAGAAAGAAAAGCCAGUUAAAGCCAGAUAAGCUUUUGAUUUUUAUAUUGCUUGCAUCCCCUUGCCCUCAAUAAACAAAAUUCUUUUUUAGUUCCUAAUUUGA